AGCCCUUACAGAUAACGCAUCGCACGGCGGCUAUUCGGCCAGACUUCAGUAGUCAACACUAACAAGGAGGCAAUUUGCACGUCACUCCGCUCGCUCGUGUUAAAAGGAGCAGCCAUGAGCGACGCCGCGCCCCAGCAGCCGAGCGCAGAGGGGCGCCGCUUCUCGUACGUGAUGGGCGGGCCGGACCCCUUCGACCAGGCCAACAAGGGCUGGGUGGGCGUCGCCGACGUGACAGAGGACAAGCCUCGGCCCAGACAGAUUGCCCCAGUCAGUGCCCGCGCUGAGGACGGAACAGACGAAGAUGAGGAGGAGGAGCAGGGGAGGCAGAAGGCGUGGACGAAGAACGAGGACAUCCCGAUGCGCUUCGACGAGCUCCCCACCGAGGAGAAGUGGAUCAACGUGAGCGACGUCAUCCGCAGGCAGAGGGAGGAGCAGGCGCAGCGGGAGGCGAAGCAGAACAAGCUGAGGCCUCCUCCCGACCCGGAGGAGCGGCGUCCCAAAGCCCAUUCCGACGCCCACGACGAUGCCGCGGCUAAAAGGGGGGGUCGGGAGGAAAAGGAGGAAAAUGCCGCUCGACUGAGAGAAAGACAGGAAUCUGACGGCUCUGAGGAGGACUCGCCGGGCGUCGACGCCAUCACAGAGUCCAUGCUCCAGUUCGCCCUCAGGCCCGGCCUCAUGGUGAAGGACAGAGGCGUGGGGAGGCGGAGUUCCCUGCCGGUGACCCCUACUCCUGCUUAUGGCAAUUUCGACCGAAGGAGCUCCCCCUGGACGGCCGCGGGGAGACCGCCUCGCAGGUCGUCGUUCACCGAGGAGGAGGACGAGCGACCGCCCCUCCGACACAGGCCUGGGGAACAGCACGUCAGGAGAGGGAGGUCUCCUCGACACAGCUUCAGUGAGGACAGGGAGGUCGAAAGACGCCCUAACAGAGAGCCUAGUCCCGACUACGAUUUGGACGAAAGUCCUCCUCGAUCUCCCUAUCCCGAGGAUUACAAGCCAGGUCGUCGAGGACAUGGGCCUCACGACCGACACCACGACCCCUAUUAUGAAGACGACCCGAGGCCGCAUUAUCCCGACGAUGACUGGAGAUACAACCGCGACCACGGGCCAGAGGACCACGACGAUGAAUAUCCAGGGGGGAGGCAUCCUAUGGAAUCGAGAUACGACGAGGACUACUACCGCAGGCCAUCGGGGUACGACCGUGGUGCUCACGACGACUCACCAGAACGGUACUACGAGGGUGAUCGCCGCCGGGACUACUUCCGCCAGCACAGUGACCCACGGCAUGGACGGGGCGGUCAGACGUACAGCCCUCCGCAAUAUCGUUAGUUUCCUGCGUUCUGUACUUUUCUCAACUAUCCUACACGGCUUUCCAUUACUAUUCCGUGUGUUUUGCAUUGCCUUGGACAACAAUUGUAGUUUCAUCUUGGUUUUUAAACCGAGAUGAAUCAAGUAAAUAUGGAUGUUUUUUAUGACUGUCUGAUAUCAAAUAUUAAACUCAAAUUCUUCCACUUAACAAAAGAUUAUAUGAGAAUUCAAAAUAAUUAUAACCUAAUAUCUAAAAAUGCAAAGUAUACACUAUAAACAUACCAUAUAUGGGAUUUACAGACAAACCACUUAUGCUUGUAUCUUGAAUAAAACCUUUAUAUGUUCUACAAACCUUAAAAACCUAACUAUAAAUUAUUUUCAGAUAUACAAAAUAAGUUGUAUACAUAAAUUACAUACACACUUAACACUCUAUUAAAAAAACUCUUCUGUUUUGUUCCAUAUCUUACAUUUAUUAAUCAUAUAUAAUGCAAUCAAUAAUAAAUAAUAAUCAUGAUAAUAAUAAUAAAAAUUUGGUUUAUUCCAUUUGUUACAAUGGAUAUUCUUGGUGUGACCGACUCUCUGUUUCAAUUUGCUUCUAAAUUACCCUCUGUGUUCAAGGAAUGGCUGGGGUUACCAUCCACUGGCGGUGAGGGAUUUGAACGCAGGUCAGCAAGAUUGCUAGAUGAGAGAGAGAGAGAGAGA